UUUCAGUGCACGUUAUGGAGGCGGUGUACCCGCCAGCGGCGUCGGCGCUGGCACGCGGUCGGCGGGCGCGCCGCGGCGGCGUGCGCGCCAGGCAUCGCACCAUGCCUGUUACCUUCGCGGAGAUCAAAGAAGUGGACGAGGAGAACGAAGAGGAAGCAAGCACAGCGCCGCCAUCACGCGGCUCGGUCUCCAGCGAGCGGCGGCGCCCCGACGUGCUGGACGAGCGGCUCGGCCGGCAGUUCCUCGAGUUCCGGCGUCGGCGCAAGCGUGAUGCGCUACCCGAACCGCCGGAUGAGCCCGCUGCCGCCGCCGCCGCCGAGCUCGCGCCGCCGGCGUCUCGCGCCGGCUCCGAGCCUAUGGAGCCGCGCUGAUGGCUCGCACUAUCGAACUUUAAUAUUAAGCAGUUACGCUAUAUGGCCGAUAUUGACGAGAAUCAAUUAGUUUGUGGCUGUCUGACAUAGUAUUUUCAUACCCAGUUCCACCGAUGUUGAAUAGUUAUGAAUGAC